AUGAGUAAUUCAAGAAAAUUUGAUGGAUCCCCGUCCGCACUUCUCCCGGAAGAAAAUCACGAGGAACCCAAGUCCAAGGAUACAAGCUCACCAUCUGCAGCUCCAGGGAGACAUGGAGGAGCCCCUCAAUUUUCGUUCAAUUCUGAUGGGUCUUUAACGACCAACAGUGAGUCGAUGAAUGGCAUCAACAAACCAGUCAUUCUGGAAAUCCCUAGUGGAUUUGAUGUCAUAAGUUGUGUGGUGCAAUUUGCACUGCAUUUCGGGCUUUUUGUAACUGUGCUUACUGGCCAUGGACUCAUUUCUGAUGUCGAUGUUGCCUAUUCACCCGGUGCAAUCCGUCCGCUGUGCAGUUCUACAUGCUAUCACAUAAUUUCAUUUUCGGGGACUUACCGUGGUUCAAAUGCUGCUUCUGGAAACAUUAUUAGUGUUUUCCAUGUUCAAUUUGUAGAUGAUAAGGGUAAUGUUAUGGGGGGACGAAUUCUGUCUCACAUGAAAGCAGCAAGUACUGUUACGCUUGUUCUUGCUGUUUCUAAAACGCUUGUUCUUGCUGUUUCUAAAAACGCCUGA